AUGGCGGCGGCGGCGGCGAGCGGCCUGGCGGCGGAGCUGGAGGGCCUGCACGGCGAGGGGGCGACGGGCCCCCCGCCGCCGGCCUUGGUGGCCGCGGCCCGCAUGGCGCGACUGCCCCUGGCGCGAGUGAAGGCGCUCGUCAAGGCGGAUCCCGACGUGACGCUCGCGGGGCAGGAAGCCAUUUUCGUCUUGGCGCGAGCCACGGAACUGUUUGUGGAGACAAUUGCCAAAGAUGCCUACAGCUACGCCCAACAAGGGAAGAGGAAAACCCUCCAGAGGAAGGACCUGGAUAAUGCCAUAGAAGCUGCGGAUGAAUUUGCUUUCCUGGAAGGUACUCUGGACUGAGCAGUCUGGGUUGAGAGGCGGUCCCUGCGGUCCUUCAUCUGGAUGCCACGUGGAUGGCCCUUUGAUUUAGAGACUCGACUCCUGCCCCGUGAGGGGGACACGGUGGGACGCUGCCCGCCCUACAGGGUGCAUUCACCAAGGAGAUUCCGAACGGUCAUCCUGAGCUUUUUCAGGGAAGAAGUUGGGCCUGAGUCAGCCUGUCUCCUCCUCGGGGCCCUCAGGAAGGAAGAAGGGCUGGUGGGUAGCUCCCUCCGGACUGGGCGAAUCUGGGAAAUGUCCCUGGGAGGAGCCCCUCCAAACUGAGCCCCCAAUAAAGGUGUUCUUGUUUGCGUUUCUA